CAGGCGUCGGUCAUAAGGCCCGUUUAAGUAGUCUUUCUUCACCGUCUUCUCGCAAUCGGAUAAACAAACCCGAAACCCUAUAGUCCGCCUUUCUCUCUACCUGUCUGUCUACCCAUGGCGAAGAAGGAUCAGUUGAAGAAGCGAAACCUUGCCAACAAAUCAGACGUACCCAAAACUCAUAACAAGAAACUCAAGAAGAACAAUAACAAUUCGAACUCCAACGUUGCCCCGCACGAAUCCGAUUCCGAAUCGUCGCUUGAGGAGAUCCAGGCCCUCCUUGAACCCUUCUCCAAAGACCAGCUUAUCGCCCUCGCCGCCGAUGCCGCUCUCCACCAUCCCUCCCUCUUCUCCUCCAUCCGCUCCCUCGCAGAUUCUGAUAUCUCUCACCGGAAAAUCUUUGUGUACGGCCUCUGCUACGACUCCACUCGCGAAGCCCUCCUCUCUGUCUUCCAAACUUACGGAGAAGUUGAAGACUGCAAUGUUGUCACCGAUCGCGUCACCGGAAAGUGUAAAGGUUAUGCCUUCAUCGUGUUCAAGACAAGAAAAGCUGCCAUCAAAGCCCUAAAGGAACCGAAGAAGAGAAUUGGGAAUCGGUUUGCCUCGUGCCAGCUGGCAUCUUCCGGACCCGCCGCCCCUGGAUCCGGUUCGGCUCAGCAGGACUUGAGUGGUCGGAAGAUCUACGUGAGCAACGUGGCGCUAGAAACGGAUGCGCAAAAGUUGAGGGAUUUCUUCGGGAAGUUUGGGGAGAUCGAGAGCGGCCCAUAUGGGAUGGACCCGCACACAGGGAAGUGGAAAGGAUACGCUUUGUUUGUGUACAGAACCACAGAGGAAGCCAAAAAGUGUCUCGAAGAGCCCUACAAGAUAUUUGAAGGGCGCCAGUUGCAUUGCGAGAAGGCUGCAGAAGGGAAAAGCGGUGGAAAAACUGUGGGAGGGGCGGUGGGAAUCACUACAGCUGUGGUGCAACAUCCGUUUCAACCAUUGCAAGCAGGGCCUGAUGUGUUGACUGCCAUGGCUGUGUUGAGUCAAAGCCAGAAUGCAGCUCUGCUGAACCCAUUGUAUAGUCGGCUGAUUGGCAAUUCCAACUUAGGGAUGUUGGGAAUCGGUGGAUUGGGCCAAAGUGUGGCAGGUUCAAGCCAAGCGGGCCAACCUGGUAUGGCAGGUGCCGGUUAUGCUACAACAAUGGGGGGUUUUGGAGGGGCUAACUUAGGGAUGCUUGGAGCUUAUGGGAUGUCAGGUGCGGGAAUGCCAUUAGGGUUAACACAUGCUUAUCCUAAUGUGCAAGAAGGGAACUUUUCUGCAUCUGCUAAAGUUCCACGGGGCGGUGGCUUCUCUUCUCAUCACAUUGAUCAACUUUAACUGGGAAACAACAUUUAAUGGCCUUUUGAUCGAACAGUUUUUGGUCAGUGCCUUCGGUUGCAACAAUUGAAUUCGAAAGCCAUAUUCCCCCUAUAGUUAUUAUAGUUAUUAUUGAUUUGAUCAUACUUCGUGUUUUUAAGCUUGAUAUGAACUUCGCAGAUGUUUUUAAGUUCCUUUAUGCAUUGUGUCAUGUAGACAUACUUUUUUGUUUUCGUUUGUUUCCAGCUGUUUUAUCUUUAUUUUAACGUUUUUAUGCUCUUACUAUGGGUUGCCGCCGUUUUUCUGAGUUUCUGAUUUUGUUACUCUGAACUUUCUUUCUUUCUUUUUAUGUUUGUUCUUUUGUAAAUAUUCAUUAGCGCCGAAUGAUUCUAUUAUUUUCUCGUUUUAUGUUUGUUGAUAGAUCUGGAGACAGAUUUUAUGGGUUAAAUUUUGACGCAUGUUACUUUCUAUUUCCUUCUCUUAUGUUUUUUUCCUCUUGUGAGCAUAAAGGUGUGCUUUGUGAAUGUUUUUAAUUCCACUAGUUUCAGUAUCAAGCCAUACUUUUACCGGACCAAACUAUACAAAUUCAGUCAAACUAAAACGUAUUCCAAUUUCUGUUGAAAGGUUCUCAUGACAAAAUGAUACGGUUAUUCAGACAAUAAUUAAAUAAGGUAAUUCGAGUAUAUUUUAAAAAAAUAAUUUAAUAGGUAUAUAAUAUAAUGAGUUUAAUGUUGAUAACUGUGAUGCUAUAAAUGUAUUAUUUCUAACAUUUAAUGAUUAAUUUGUUGUUUAAGAUAGUUAUUUUUUCCUAAAAUGGAAAUGAGGACCUUUACAUUUUAUGAGACGGAGAAAGUAUCAUUUUACCAAAUGCAUGUGGUUUAACAUAAUUCUUUUAUUAGUUUCUCAUUUUGUUUUCACAUUUGAAUUUGUUUUUUGAGCUUUAAUAUUUUUUAUAGAAUACUUACUAAAAUAGAAAUUUUAAAUAUUACGUAGUACGUAAUAUGUACUGUAAAUAUUAGUUGGGGAUUAAAAUAUAUCAUCAAUCAAACGGUGUAAACAUCAAGAAUGUCAACCAAUUUGCCGGUGGAUGUUGCUCAAGAAAAAGUGUGCAAGUACUUGGAUUGGAAUCAGAUCGCUAUCCACUGAACUUAAAAUUCAAUUGACAUUCCACCGACUAAUUGUCCGGCUCGUUCAGUAAUGAGUGUCAUACUUUCUUAUAAUAACAGAAUGGAUUUGAAUCUGUGAAUAAUGCUUAUUAACUUUUCGCCACGGCUUUCAAUAUACUACAUAUAUCCUUGGUCUGAUUUGCAACCAAUAUCAUAAUAAUUUGUCAAAGAUUUCCCGUUCUGGUGCAUAAAUAGUUCAUUUCAUUACUUCUGCAGUUUACCUUUUCCAUACGAUUUGGUAACUAUGCGUUCUGCUUUAGCUUGAACUAUCUUUUUAAACCUGGAUUUCAUUCUUAUUAUUUGAUUUUAGAACUUCCCAUGUUUUACUCAGUUCGAUGUUUAUUUUUAUUUACAUUUUGAUGGGGAUAUGGUGUAUGAUGAUGGUGCAAGAACAAUUCACGUUGAUGCUGGAGCAGAGACAGAGGAUUGUUCAUUUUGGGUGGUGGACUGACUAUAGUUUCAUUAUUAGUAUUGUUGAAGUUUUUCAAGAAUUUGGAAUACACACGAGAAUCAGUUCAAUUUGGUGGGUGUAAAAACACAGUAUAGACAUGUUAAAAUUCGAAGGACCG